UUCUAAACCUCUCGUAAACCCCAAGCCCUCCAAUUAGCAUUUAAUUACUUCGAAACCGACUCUCUCUAUGUUGUAUAAAAGCCAACUACAAAUUCUUCCCCCUCACAACUGUGACCAAACAGCAAAUACUUUUCCUCCUACUUUCUUCUAUUUCCUUGGAAAACAAACGCUCUUUACAGGUCCUUACAUAUCCCACAUUCUUGGGUUCCUCUGAAAAUGAUGAGCCAUGGUGUUGUUACCCGCAGAGCCGCCGUAGCAGUGGGAUCGCGUUUCUUCUCAGCCGCUGGUUCAACCACUCGUGCUGUGGCCAGUGAGCCGGUGUUCUCUAAUGUAGCCAACGGCUUUGGUAAUCAGGUUGGGGCAAGCCGAUCGAAUCUGGGUUACUGGCUAAGGGUUCCGUUAAUCCACGGUGGAAGUGUGCGGAAUUCGAGCACUUUGUCGGUGGAAGAGAAGGCGAAGCAGGAUCCGUUGGCCACUGCUUCAAGCGAUAGCAGUGUGGGUGGGAACAAAGGCGAGAAGGGGGUGGUGAGUUAUUGGGGCGUUGAAAGCUCGAAAAUCACGAAACCGGACGGUACGGAAUGGAAGUGGAAUUGUUUUAGGCCAUGGGAGACGUACAAGGCUGACUUAUCGAUUGAUCUGAAGAAGCACCAUGCGCCGGUGACAUUUAUGGACAAGAUGGCUUAUUGGACCGUCAAGGCUCUCAGAUGGCCCACGGACAUAUUCUUCCAGACACGGUAUGGAUGCCGAGCAAUGAUGCUGGAGACAGUGGCAGCUGUACCGGGCAUGGUAGGAGGGAUGCUCCUGCACUGCAAGUCGCUGAGACGGUUCGAGCACAGUGGGGGCUGGAUCAAGGCACUGUUAGAAGAGGCAGAGAACGAGCGUAUGCACUUAAUGACGUUCAUGGAGGUGUCAAAGCCCAGGUGGUAUGAACGAGCCCUGGUCAUAACCGUCCAAGGUGUGUUCUUCAACGCUUACUUCUUGGGCUAUCUGUUGUCCCCUAAAUUCGCACACCGCAUGGUGGGGUACCUGGAGGAGGAGGCUAUUCACUCCUACACCGAGUUCCUCAAGGAAUUGGACAAGGGCAAUAUAGAGAAUGUCCCAGCCCCGGCCAUUGCCAUCGACUAUUGGCAGCUUCCGCCUGACGCCACUCUGAGAGAUGUCGUCAUGGUCGUCAGAGCCGAUGAAGCCCACCACCGGGAUGUCAACCACUUUGCUUCGGACAUACAUUGUCAAGGGCGAGAGCUGCGGGAAGCUCCGGCUCCUAUUGGUUAUCACUAGAACCUGAGCAUGGAAAAGCUGGUCAUUAUUUGUUUUUGGGUCUGAAUAAAAUACUCUUUGCACGUGACAUUUGUUUGUAGUGUCAUUAUGUAGAGUGGGAAGGAUGAUGUAAAUAUGGAGCAUGCGCUAUGUCAACAAUCCUUGGACUUGAAGGAUGUAAAGAUAUCUUUUGCCAACAUUUCUACGCAAAUCCUUUAAGCUAGUUCAUACUUGCAACACUUCCAAGAAGUCAACGACGCAAUAUAUCCUCUCUCA